AUGACCAGCUGUGAAACACUCGAGACCGUCUCGCUAUCAUUCAACAGAUGCCUGAGUGAAUCGCGUGCGGCUGAAGCCUUGGUCUUCGAAGCCCCGAAAUCUCCGUUAAUUGCAACAAGACUAUUACUGGGAAUGCAUUGUAACAGAAUCUCCAAGUUGAUCAAAGGAGAAGUGUACCAGAAGUUGAUGAACUUCAAAUUUUUCAGACGGGGAAAAAGCACUUUCUGUAGACUUCGGGCCAGAUCCAGCUCCACAAAAUGCUCAGGCAAUUUCUUGGAAACUUCCAAGUACAAGAUCAGCUCGGCUAACCGAGGAUUUCUUUCGAUUGUGCGGAAGAACGUUCUCAACCCAUGA